GGACGCGGUCGCGGAGCCUGGGUCCGGGACACUUUUCCCAGUCCCAGGGGAGCCCAGACUGGGUCGCCUUUACCAUGACCUCCAAACAAACUAAGAAGAAAGAGGUGCAUCGUAUCAACUCGGCACACAGCUCGGAUAAAUCUAAAGAUCAGUACUCCUUUGGCAGUAACACACAAGCUAGUUCUGUCGAACAGAGGAAGAGGAAAUUCCCCAUCUGGCCAGAAUGGAGUGAAGCCGACAUAAAUGCAGAAAAGUGGGAUGCAGGCAAAAGUGGGAAAGACAAGGAAAAAAUUGGAAAAAGCCCUACAUUUCAUUUUUUUGAAGACCCUGAAGGCAAGAUUGAGUUACCACCAUCACUGAAAAUUUAUUCCUGGAAACGUCCACAGGAUUUUUUAAUUAAUCGGGUUCCAGUAGUCGUGAAGAACGAAAUCCUGUUUGACUUGUUUUCAGUAAAUGAACAUUUAUUCUGCAGCGAGCUGAUGAGAUGGAUUAUCAGCGAAAUCUAUGCAGUGUGGAAGAUAUUCAACGGGGAUACUUUGAACCAUUAUUUUAAAGGGACUACAGGGGAACCUCCCCUCCUCCUCUGGAAACCCUGGGAACACAUAUACUCUCUGUGCAAGGCUGUGAAGGGUCACAUGCCUUUGUUCAAUAGCUACGGAAAGUAUGUUGUAAAACUGUACUGGAUGGGUUGCUGGAGAAAGAUAACUAUUGAUGACUUUAUGCCUUUUGAUGAAGAUAACAAGCUAUUGCUUCCAGCUACAACUUACGAACUUGAACUCUGGCCAAUGCUUUUGAGUAAAGCUAUCAUCAAGCUGGCGAAUGUUGACAUCCAUGUAGCUGAGAGGAGAGAGCUGGGAGAGUUCACAGUCAUUCACGCUCUCACCGGAUGGCUGCCAGAAGUCAUCUCUUUCCACCCAGGAUGUAAGGACGAACUAUGGGAGCUCUUGAAAGACAUAUUGCCAGAAUUUAAGCUAUCGGAUGAGUCCAGCUCUGAGAGCAAAGUAACAGACGUAGAUGUCAAAUUAAAAGAACCAGGGAAAGAAGUGAAAGACGGCAAGGAAGUGAAAGAUAGCAAAGAGGUGAAAGAUGGCAAAGAAGUGAAAGAGGGCAAAGAAGCGAAAGAAGGCAAAGAAGCAAAGGAAGGCAGAGAAUACAAACGUGAAGGUUCAAUUACAACACUGAAAUCAUUUGACAGAUAUUCAAAGGAUAAAGCAGAUGCAAAAGACAUUGGGAAGAAGAGGAGUAAAAAUGGAGAGAAAGAAAAGGAAAAAUUCAAAUGGUCACUUCACGGUUCCAGACCCUCGUCGGACGUACAAUACUCUCAGCAGUCUCUGUCAGACUGCUCUUCAGCAAUACAGCCCCCUCACAUGGUUGUGUACGCUACCUUUACACCUCUCUACUUGUUUGAAAAGAAGAUCUUUUCAUUAGAGGAAAUGACCACUUCUGCUGAGAAGCUGAGGGAAUACGGCCUGUCGCACAUCUGCAGCCAUCCCCUGCUGGUGACCAGGAUCCGGUCCUGCCCUCUCACAGCUCCCCCCAAGCCGCCCUCUGUGCCUGCCUGGAAACUGUUCCGUCAAAAAAGGGAAACUGUGAUAACAGACGAACCUCAAGAAAUAAUAAUAAAGAAACCUGAACAGUUUCUUGAGAUAUCAAGUCCAUUUUUGAAUUACAGAAUGACUCCACUCACAAUUCCAACUGAAACUCAUUUUGUACAAUCUCUUAUUAAGAAAGGGAUGCCCCUAGGAUCUGGUUUACCUACCCUUACUGAAAACGAUGAAACUGAAGACCCCAGCCAGCCAGAUUUAAGUCAAGUGACAGGAACCACAUCUCAGGGCAACGUUUCUUCACAAAUUAUACAAGGAAAAGAGGAGCUCAUGGACUUUGUAGUGAAUGACUCCGCCCUCGCCCCUGAGGGCCUGGGUUUGGAAAGAGAUCUGAUUAGCGUGACCACUGCAACGCUGGACAGAUCGCAGGAGGAGUUCACAGCCAUAAAUAAUACUGUUUCCAAAGAAAUAUGGUUGGAUUUUGAAGACUUCUGUGUGUGCUUUCAGAAUAUAUGUAUUUUCCACAAGCCAAGUUCAUAUUGCAUUAACUUUCAAAAAACAGAAUUCAAGUUCUCAGAUGAGCGUGUGCCCUACUAUCUAUUUGUGGAUAGUCUCAAGCCUAUUGAACUGCUGGUUUGCUUUUCUGCAUUGGUGCGCUGGGGGGAAUCCGGAGCUUUAACAAAAGACAGCCCCCCGAUAGAUCCUGGACUACUUACAGUUGAAACAUAUUCUUGGAAGUCUCUGAAGCCACGUGAUAUUGUUCUGAAGAUUCACACUUACGCUACCAAGGCAGCUCUGGUUCGCCUGCCUGUUGGGAGACACCUGCUGCUCCUCACCGUGUACGCCCCGGUGGGGCACUCCUUGCACAUCUGCGGCAUGGUGGCCUUUGUCGUUGGGGAUGAAGAAGUGGUGCUGCCCAACUUCGAGCCGGAGAGCUACCGGUUUACGGAGCAGGCGCUAAUGAUUCUGAAGGGGGUUGGAAAUGUGAUUGCUAGUUUCAAAGACAAGGAUAAACUGUCUGCAGCUAUGAAGGACCUGCAGGCAGCCCACUACCCCGUGCCCUUGCACAACAAAGAGCUAACCGCACAGCACUUCAAGGUUUUUCUUCUUUCUUUAUGGCGUUUAAUGAAAAAAACUCAAACAACAAGACCUCCUCCAAACUUUAAAUUUGCAUUCCGUGCUAUGACUUUGGAAUUGGAUGUACUGGAUUCCUCCUCCUCGGAAGAUACUCCUUCAGCAGAAUGGGUAGAUGUUAAAUAUUGUGUGCCAAUGAGUGACGAAGAAGAAAUAACAGCUUCAGCAGUUAAAAUUCAAGCCAUGUGGAGAGGGGCUUAUGUCAGAUCGCUUAUGAAAGCCAGGACACCAGACACAAAGGAAAAUAUCAGUGUCGCAGACACUAUUCAAAGAGUUUGGGCUGUACUGGAAGUUAAUUUGGAACAAUACGCCGUUUCUCUGUUAAGACUAAUGUUUAAAAGCAAGUGCAAGUCCAUUGAAUCUUAUCCAUGCUAUCAAGAUGAAGAGACCAAGAUUGCUUUUGCUGACUAUACCGUAACGUAUGCCGACCAGCUACCCAAUAGUUGGUUCAUAGUCUUCAGAGAAAUAUUUUUGUUUCAUCAAGAUAUGAUUUUGGUUCCCAAAAUAUAUACUACCCUUCCGGUCUGUAUGCUCCACAUUGUUAAUAACGACACAAUGGAACUAGUGCCGAAGGUGUUCCAAAAAGUGGUGCCUUAUCACUACACCAAGAAUAAGAAAGGAUACACAUUUGUGGCUGAAGCAUAUACUGGUGACUCAUAUGUAUCAUCCUCACGAUGGAAACUGCGUCUCAUCGGUUCUUAUAAUCCACUCCCAAGCCUCUCUCGAGAUUUUCCAAGCAAUGCCUUUGCUAUGAAAGAAAUCAGAGAUUACUAUAUACCCAAUGACAAGAAAAUUUUAUUCAGGUAUUCAGUUAAAGCCGCACUGCAACAUCCUGUUACCAUUCAGGUGCGCACAUCCAAGCCCGAUGUGUUCGUCAAGCUGCAGGUCCUAGAAAAUGAGGAAAUCGCUGUGAGCGCCACUGGGAAGGGGCAGGCUCUGAUCCCAGCCUUUUUCUUCUUGGGGAAUGAAAAAGCUCUGAGCUCCCAGUCCAGCAAGCAAAUACUUUCAAUUCAUGCUCCAACCAAGAAAGAGCAGGAGUCAUUCACCAAGAAGAAAUCCGUCCAGGGAAGUCAGAAAUCCAAUAAGGGCAGACCUGGAAGUGCACUAGUAGACAGUGGUCAGCUAAUUUUGGAAGAGGAAACUACCCCUGCCACUAUAGAAGAAAAUACUAGCACACCUCUGCAGGUUUACAAGUACAUUAUACAGUGUCUGGUGUUGUAUAACAGCUGGCCCCUCACGGAAAGCCAACAGAUGUUUGUCCAAGCACUGAAAGACUUGGAGAAAAGUGAUAUCAAAGCUCAUGGAGAGAAGCAUGAGGAGUCCAUUUCCUCGGGAAGCCCAGAUUCCCACACUGUUAGUGAGGGGCCAAAAUCUGCAGGAACAUCCAAGACGGUGAGGAAAGGCAAAGAAAAGUCUUCUGAGAAAGAAAGGUCAGCCAAAGACAAACAAGCACCUCGCUUUGAGCCCCAGAUGUCCGCCGUUCACUCCCAACAAGAAGACCCAAAUAAACCCUACUGGUCUUUGAGGUUGGUCACCGAAUACAAUGAAGCAGACUUUCUUGAAGUCAAAAAAGAUACAGAACGGGCAGACGAGAUCCGAGCCAUGAAGCAAGCCUGGGAGAUGGCUGAGCCGGGACGCGCAAUCAAGGCUUCUCAGGCCCGCCUGCAUUACCUCAGCCAGUUCAUUAAGAAAACACCCGAUGCCCAGAGCGUGCUGACGCAGGUGUCGGAGAGCCAAUCGAGAACCGAGGAAGAAGAAUCAUCUGCAAGUUCCUCACUCGUGCCAGAAACAAAGAGUUCUAGGACUUUAGACAUCAAAGAGAUAAAACAAUCAGGAAGUAUGCUGUGGAAGAAGUGGCAAGUGACCAAGGUCUUAAAGGAUCUGGAAAAGUCAGUAAGCAGUGAGAGCAGGGGAGCCCUGGAGGGGAAGGAGGAGCAUGAGCAGACCGCGCAGAAGGAAAAUAUCAGGCCACGGUCACGAUCCCCAGCAAUUCUGGAAAUGUCUCCACGACUUAUUCGAAAAGCACUAGAAUGUGUAGAUGUAACUCAAUAUGUACGGAAAACACACGCCGAGCCUCUGCUUCAAACGGAUGAACUGAAUCAGCAGCAGGCAAUGCAGAAGGCGGAGGAGAUUCACCAGUUUCGACAGUAUAGGACCAGAGUCCUCAGCAUUCGAGACAUUGAGCAGGAAGAACGACUGAGAGUGCAGGAUCAAGUCCUGGAGAUGUACGCAGGAAUGCGGGACUCCUUAGAUGACGCUCGCCAGAAGAUCUUCAGCGUCCGGGAAGAGUACAGGAACAAGCUGCUGGAAGCCGAGCGCCUCAGGCUGGAGGCCCUGGCUGCAGAAGAAGAAGCCCACCGGGCGGAGCCCGAGAAGAAGAUGUCGACCACCGACAGAGACAAAAGAAAGAAAGAAAAGAAGAAGUAGCCAGGAGAUGCCCGGUACUACUUUUCUUCUGAACAAGAAAAACCUAGUUUUGAUUAUCUAUACCUUUGCCUGUUGAUUUUAAAAAAUAAGAAUUUAAAAAUAGAAGUUUCCCUACCUGAAAAAUAAUUUUGUGCUUUAAUGUUAAUAUGUAUUUCUCGGAAAGUUUUUUUUGAAGCUAUUGGAGUUCAAAUUUUUCUAAUUUCAAUAAAGAUGUCUCAAAUAUAUAGAAUGUAA